GUCGGCAAAGCGGAUACGGGGUUCCCGGCCGCGUUCACCGCUGCCCCGAGAUCAGUCACGUUGUCGGCACGAUUGUCCCGCGAGCAGAGCACGACCGCCAGGUGUUUACAGAGAACUCGCGCGGAUGUUACGUAAGUGACUACGUACCGACGCGGCACGGAACUUUUGGCAAGAAAGCUGAACGAACCCUUGCGAAGCUGAGUGCGACAUCGAUGCGAUUCUCGGUGGGCUGGAGGACACGCUUGGCGCUUAUGCUGGAAAGGUACAUCGGCGAGGACACCUCCAUACCUUCACCUUUCCGCUUUGAUUUAUCUCUCCUAUGACACGCCUAUAUCUUUCUGUAAAAGGUCGAUGAUGCUCUGGGGCCUCGUUCUUCUGCGUCAGCUGGGGGAGAUCGUGAGAUUGAGAACCUGCUGGCGACGGACGCCCACAAUAAGCAUGAAGACAGAUGUCCCUCGGCCCAUCAGACUGGUUUCUUAGGGCGUGUACCAUUUCAAAUGCCGCCGAACUUCGAGGGCGUGACAAAACCCCUUCAUAUGGCCUCUGGUGUCGCGAAUCUUACAACAGGCGGAGAAGACCCAAGGUUGACGUUUCGGCGAUGCAGCUCCAGGCAGCAGUGGUCCUUCGAGAGCCCUCUCGAAGGUUCUAAAAAGCAAGAUCGCCGCCGGUGAUCGCAAGGAAGUUUGCCCAGCAGCAUGGGAGAACCGCUUCCGGACUUGAGUCCUGCAAUCGGGAGCCAGCUGAACGACGAGAAAUGCAACGGAAACAUCUACACCAUCAGCCAACCUUGCUCGAGCGGCCGCAGUUCACCGACCAACAUGAGCUUGCGGAUGCGCAACCUGCAGCCGGACAGCGUUUCGACCAAUCACGUCCGUCCCCCGUCUUCUGAAGAAAGCCUCGAGUCAAACCGGUCCGCUAUCAGACGAAACUUGACGACAAUGUUGAGCCUCAUCUAUGCCAUAUUCAUCGUGACCCUUGGCUGCAUUUUCACAUCAACCUACCAUGGUCACUUGUUUUCCAUGAAGGAGUAUGACGAGGUGUACGGCAUCGUGAUGUGCCUUGUGGGCAUCACGUGGCUGGUUGUGCUGCACGUGGACCUGACGCGCUACAAGCUCCAUAUCCUAGCGCGUAUCAAGAAAAAACUGAAGGAGUACGAGGACCUGGCCGACCGUUUCUCGUUUACUACCGAGUGUGUCAUCAACGAGCAGUACCCAUGGGCUGAGGCGAGCAAGGACGAGCCGGACGACGAGGAACACCACGUGCUGCCCCACUACCGCUUCCUCAAGGGCCGCCACUCGGGAAGCUUCUUCCUCAAAACCGGCAUGGCCGUGUUUUGUUCCGGGCACAUAAUCCACGAAGGCCUAAUGCUUUCCAAGCAUGUAAUUGACUGGAAUCGAGACCCUGAAAACUGCCAGGACAUCAUGAGCAUCCUUCUCCACACGCUGAAGCCGGUGUAUUCUUUUUACCAGCUAUUCAUCAUAUUCAAGUAUUCGAAUAUUGUCAUCAACAGAUUUAAGGAAGUGGCCAGAUUUGGCGUGAUGCACCUAAUAGCGACGUCGCUUCACACAUGGUUCAGCACUAUAGUCGACGACGCAAUGAGCAGCCAUGCUCACCAUCACAGCGACGACCACCACGGAAACUUAUCAAACGCCUCUCACCCACAUGAAACCACGACCGGCGGUUGCAAGGGACCUUACAGCCCAACGUUCAGCUCGGCGGCUUACCUCUACCCGUGCACCAUCGAGUUCAGUAUUAUAUUGGCAGGAGUGUGGUUCAUCGUGUGGCAGAACAUUGGCAACAUCCACCUGCACUCCAAGUCGCACCACCUGGAACAGAAGAUCGACGGGCCGGAGGGCAACCACGAGAUAACUUACGAGAGCAACGUGGUCAUAAGCGCAGACUGCCACGCGGCCAACAAGGGCCUCUUCUCCGGAAUUCUCGUCCUCCUCACGUCCAUAAUCACCGUCAUCAUCUUCUUCGUGGUGCUCCAGGGAGAAAACUUCAGGGUAGUUGGUGGAACCAUCUACAACUGCCAGGAAGGCAUUCUCACAGCUUUGGGACUGCUGGCGAGCAUCGUGGCCUAUUUCAAAGUGAUUCAGUUGGACCAAAAUGCACACCCCGUGACAUUCCUGGACAAUUUCUUGCUUUUUAUUCCGCUUCCUUUUUUCUUCAUUCACGCCAUAUUGUGCAUAAUGGCGGAACUUCAUUUGUCGGACACCUUCCGAAUUGUGCUUCGGGUGGUGGCGCUGGUGCAGAUCAUCAUCCAGACACCGGUGCUUGUCGACGGGCUCCGAAGGUGCAGCAACUCGCACGUGCUGCGCUACCGCAAACCCGGUCGGGAGAUCAUCACCUUCCUGCUCAUUCUGAAUGUCACGCAGUGGGUUGUGUUUACGGUGCAGCAAAAGCACAUCGACGACUUGAUUGCUGCCAAAAUAGUCUACGGGGACCUCUGGUCCUUUAUUGGGCACGCUACAAUCCCACUCAUGCUCUUCUACAGGUUUCAUUCGGCCGUCUGCCUGGCGGACAUUUGGCAGGCGGCUUAUCACAAAGGCGAGUGACAACAGUCGCCCAGGACUAUACGGCUUUUGUCCCAAUGCUCCGCAUGGCGGAGAUCUAUAGUGCAUGCAGCGGUCCCGAGUGAAAUCAGGGUCAAGACUGUACGGGACCACAUACACGCGGUCCUGACGAAUGCCUAAGCGGUUUCCAAUGUUCCGUGUUCCACCUAAUGUUUUAGGACUACUGAUUUACCAUCAUUGAGAAAAAAUACUUCUGGACUUUCAGUGCGAUACACUCUUGGCUCUUCAACCUGCCUCUCUGCUUUAAUUUAAUAACACCUGGUCAAGUUCAAAGCAUUAUCACACUAUCACGGCGUGCAUUGUACUACAAAACUAUGAAUAAAAAAACACUGAUAACGCUUUGUGUUGUGCCAUUUUACGCAAUAAAGACAAAUAUUAUUCAAAA